AUGGAUUUAACUUUUACUUCGCCUAGUAGUUUUCCACAAACUACUCCAAGACCAAGAACUUCUGUGAGGCGGAAUCUAUUACAGGAUUUUGAAAGUGAAUUACCGUCUCCGAUUGUUGCCAAUACGGAAUCACCACAGAAUAGAAUUGUGAAUGGAGAGAACUGCACGGAAGCGCAGAAUGAGAGUACGUGGUAUUCUGGGAUAACAAUAUGGAUAAGUGGAAUACUUGCCCUCGUUUUGACUGUGUUAGGAGUGUUUCGCUACAUUCCUCAAAAUUUACUGUCACGCUUGACACAUGAGGCAUUGGGAAAUAUUGGAAUAUUAUUAUUAGGCUUGAUUGUGUGUGCUGUUGUUUGGAAAAUGUGUCAAUCUACUCAUAAAAGGACUACGCGUAAUGCUGGACGGAUAACUAGCACUGUGCGGAAUAUUUCAACUGAUAGAGCACCAGAUCAGGAAGCCGGAAGUUACAAUGAGGAAGGCGGAUUGCCAGGACGGGGAUUAAACAUUCAGGUCAAACGCACAUUCAAAGGAGAAGGAACAGAAGUGUGGAGUGAAUUUGUGAGAUAUUUUGAGAAUAUUGCUGCGUUAAAUAAUUGGUCCAUUGACAUGAGACGAAGAGUUCUUAUUACUACAUUCCGUGGACAAGCGGAAGCAUUCGCAUAUGGAUUACCAGAUAAUAUUAUAGGGAACUAUAACCAACUUAAACUACAAAUGGACAACAGAUUUGGACAUACUGCGAUGAAGGAGAGCUAUAUCGUUGAGGCAAAAAUGCGAAAAAAACUCCAGACAGAAUCGUUCCGAGAUUUUGGCCAAGCGAUAGCUGAUUUGUAUAGAAGAGCUCACCCUGGAAAUCGAGACUAUGUGGAAGAAGCUAGUCUUAAAACUUUUAUGGACAACUGUAAUCAUGAUGAUGAUUUCCGCUUAGCUGUGAAGCGCACUAGACCAAAAAGCCUACAAGAAGCAGUGACUGCUGCGAUGCAGGAGGAAUGCAUUCGUAUGACAGAGAAUCGGAAUUUAAGAAACAGGGAAAACAACCCUGUAAGACCCAUUUAUAGAGUUAGCGAGUUCUCCAAUCAGGGAAAAGUCCCAGUGACCGGGAAAACGUACCGCGCUAAUCCAGAUAUGGAGGAUAAAACCAAACCCCCAGAAAUCUUUAAAUUUAAGAGUGCCGAGGCAGUAGGCCAUGUGUCGGCACAGCAGUUAGUUAAGCGGCCUAGUACAGGAGAGGAACAACGUCAGGAUGAUAGCAGUGUAGAAAUGCCUGCAGUAUCAACUCAAACAGAUGUUGAAAAUUUGCACUUGAAUUACGAGUCUAACGAGAAAAAUCAAGGAGUUAUAAAAAUUAAAGGAAAACCAGGAAUGAGAUUAGAUGGCUUAGUGGAAGGCACAUCGUUAGAGUGGAAAUUUGACACUGGUGCAAUGAACACGUUCAUAACAGAAGAGGUUUAUUGGAACAUUCUUCCAGAACACAGACCUGUGCUGGAGCGCGCUAAAAAUUCAGAUGCUGAAGUCUUGCGGGGAUAUAUUAUUAGCAUGGAGGACAGUGUUGUUCCAGCUCAUCAUGAGAGUAUUAUAAAGGCUACAUUCGAUAGUAGUGUAGAUGCUUGUGAUGGGGUGCUGUUACCUCUAAAAUCAUUUGUACAUAAUCAUGGAUUAGCCGUGGCAAGAGAGAGGCACAAAUUGCCAGAGCAUCUAGAACAAGUUUUUAAAGAAGCGAGUGAAAAUCUAACUGGAGAGCAAGCGGCAAAGUUUAAGAACUUUCUCUUAGCUCGUGUGGACGCGUUUGCAGACCCAAACAAACCAGUGGAGCGUGCAACGAUUGGGGAACAUCGCAGUAAGUUAAAGGAGGAAAUUCCCCUCAAGGAACCAGUGCGCAGGGUACCUAUUUUCAAGAGGGAAAUAAUGGAUGAAGAAAUAAAGAAAUUAGAAGAACAGGGAUUAAUAGAGAAGUCCAAUAGUCCCUGGUCCGCUCCUAUUGUAUUAGUCCAGAAAAAGGACAAAAGCUGGAGGCUUUGUGUCGAUUAUCGGAAAUUGAAUGCGAAUACCAUCAAAGACGCUUAUCCGAUACCUCGUGUGGCAGAUGAUCUCGAUUCCCUCGCUGGAUCUACAUGGUUUUCGUCAUUAGAUCUCAAUAUGGCUUAUCAUCAGAUUCCUAUGAGUGAGGAGGAUAAGGAGAAAACAGCUCGUACUUUUGACGAACAUUUAGAUAAUCUUAGUUUAGUAUUAGAUAGACUGCAGAGUGUCAACCUAAAACUAAAAGCGAAGAAGUGCAAUUUCUUUAGGCGGGAAGUGAGCUUUCUUGGACAUAUCGUUUCAAAGGAGGGUAUUAAAACAGAUCCUUCAAAAAUAGAAGCUGUGAAAAACUGGAAAACCCCGAGCAAUGUAACGGAACUUAGAAGUUUCUUAGGACUAGCAGCGUAUUACCGGAGAUUCAUUAAAGACUUUGCUAAAACCGCAAAAUGUCUGCAUAUUCUUACUGGGAAAAAUCAAGAAUGGAAUUGGACACAAGAAUGUGAUACAGCGUUCGAAUUUUUGAAACAGAAAUUGAUAUCUGCACCUAUUCUUGGAUAUCCCGAUGUGAAUGCUGGUGACUUUAUACUAGACACUGAUGCUAGCAACGAGGCUAUAGGCGCUGUGUUAUCGCAGAUUCAGAAUGGAAGAGAAAUUGUGAUUUCCUAUGGAAGCCGUGUGCUAAAUAAUUCUGAAAGAAAUUAUUGUGUUACACGUAAGGAAAUGCUAGCUGUUGUGUACUUUGUUCAACACUUUAAGCACUAUUUACUUGGUCGAGAGUUUUUGCUUAGAACAAGACCAUCGGGUCCUUGUGUGGCUUCAUAG